AUGUGUUCUAACAUUUGGAUUUUUACUCAACCUGAUGUUCGUACGAAUUUGAUUUUUGCUUCUGAUCAAGUGGUUAUUGUUGACUGUGACUGGCAGAGCAAGAACUUUCGUGUGGCUGUUGUUCAUGGCGCUUCUACUUACUUGUUAAGACGUGAGCUUUGGAUUGACAUUCUGAAUCAUGCUGUGAACAAUUUUGUGGUUUUGGGAGAUUUUAAUGCCGUCAAGGGUGCUCAUGAAAGGAGCAGCAACUGUAGGCCCAAUAUCACUUCUUGUGAGGAAUUUGGCGCUUUUAUUAAUGCGUUGGGAUGCAUUGAGUCUCCUGUUAUUGGUCUGAAAUACACUUGGUCGGGGAGACGUUUCAUGCCUUCGCACGUGGAAUCCAAAUUGGACAGAGCCUUUUAUUCGGACAGUUUUGCUAACUCUUGGCACACGGUCUUUUCGCAGAUUCUUCCGAGGAACACUUCGGAUCAUUCUCCUCUGGUGUUGAGAUGUCAGUCGACUCUUCCUUCCAGCAGGAAGUUUUUCCGUUUUUUGAACAUGUGGACUUUACAUCCUGGCUUCUUAGACUUGGUUAAAGCUUCCUGGUCGACGCCGGUGGAUAACUCUUGUCCCAUCUAUACGGUUAUGAUCAAGCUUAAGAGAUUAAGAACGGAGAUCCGGAACUGGAAUAAAAGCACGUUUGGCAAUGUGGAUUUGAUGAUUAUGGAGAAGCAGCAGGAUCUGUCGGAGAUUCAAGAGAAAAUUGCUGUUGAGGGCUAUACUGAAGACUUGUUUGACAAAGAGAUAUUGGCGCAAGCUAGCAUUAAUGACAUCCUUUCCGUGCAACUUGGCUGCAAGAUGGGGAUCGGAAUUCUAAUUUCUUCCACAACAUGCUCAGCAAACAUUGUGGAGGUUGAGGCUAUUUUGGAUCCGAUUAUCUCAGAUCAACAAAACUCUUUGUUGUCCGCCAUUCCUAACGAAGAAGAGAUCACGGCUGCGGUCUUUCAAAUGGAUUCUAACAGUUCGCCGGGGCCGGAUGGCUUCUCUGGGAAAUUUUUCCAUCAUUGCUGGGACAUCAUCAAGAAAGAUAUUUGGCGUGCGGUCAUUACCUUCUUCGUCAAAUCUUAUUUGCCUCUUGGAUGUAACGCCAACACUCUCAUUUUGAUUCCUAAAAAGGACUCUGUUGUUUCGGUGGCUGACCUUAGACCAAUAGUGCUUUCGAAUUUCUUCUUCAAGAUAAUUUCAAAAGUUUUGGCGGUGCGGCUGAGUGUUGUCGCUGCUCAGCAUAUGUCGAGUAAUCAAUUCGGUUUCAUUAGCGGAAGAUCGAUACACGAUUGUAUCAUGCUUGGUUCGGAGGGAAUCAACUGUUUGAGGCGGUCUAGCGGGGGUCAAAACAUGGCGUGCAAAGUUGAUAUUUCUAAGGCGUUUGACACUCUGCGGUGGGAUUUUCUUCUUAAUGUCCUCAAAGUUUGUGGUUAUACCAGCCAGUUUAUUAAGUGGAUUGAGGUUAUUCUUUCUUCGGCCCGGCUCUCGAUUCUGUAUAAUGGUGAACUCCGCGGUUUUUUUGGGUGUUCGAGAGGUGUGAGAGGCGUGUUCUUUCCGACGCAUCUUCUCUAUGCAGAUGACAUUCUGAUUUUCUGCAAGGCCACGAAAACCAAUGUUCGAACUCUGCUUAAAGUUCUGAAUUUUUAUGCUGAUAUCUCUGGUCAGGUGUUCAGUCCUUCCAACUCUCAGAUCAUUUUCUCUGACCGCAUUGCCGCGAGAACUAAAAGACAAGUGACGCGUAUUUUGGCGCUCUCCACUAGCGAUCUGCCCUUUACCUAUUUGGGUGUCCCGAUGUUUCGUGGCAAGCCCAAAGCUUUUCAUCUUCAGGCGAUUCAUGAUCGUAUUGUGAAUAAAUUUGCUCGAUGGAAGGAUCUUCAACUUUCCAUGGCAGGAAGAUUGUGCUUAAUUAAUUCGGUGAUUAGUAGCUCUCUUACACACUCUAUGAUGAUGUUUAGAUGGCCCCGUUCUCUUCUGAAAAAUUUGGAUACAAAAUGUAGGAAUUUUCUUUGGAAUGGGGAUACUAGUAAGCAACCUUCGUGUUCGGUUAGCUGGGAUAGAGUUUGUGCUAUAAAGGCUGAAGGAGGUCUUGGAGUUCGGUCGUUUCUGACUAUGAACAAGAGUUUUCUUAUGAAAAUGGCGUGGAGGGUGAUUGAUGGAAAUAGUUUUGGCUAUGAUAUCAUGAAACGCGGAUAUCUCACUUCUUUCUGCAAAGUGAAAACUGUUGCUCCUUCUUCGAUCUGGAGCGGGCUGCGUGAAGAGGUUGGCGACCUCGUCUGGGAUUCGUUCAGCUAUAUUGGCAAAGGUGACUCAACUCUCUUCUGGUUAGAUGACUGGCUUGGGUAUCGUCUUGCGGAUAAAUGUGGAGUUCCUUUCUAUAUGAAAAACUCUCUAAACCAGACGGUGGCGGAUUAUUUUUUUGAUGGCAUCUGGCAUUUCACGCAGGAUUUUGUUAAUUCGUAUCCGUUGGUGGUUUGUGACAUUCUUUUGCUGCCUAUUGGCAACUCGGAUGUGCGUUUUUAG